AUGGACUCGUCCGAACUUAUCCAUAUAGUGCCGGUGGAUGACCGGCUAUCGCCUGUCACUCGACCUAACUUAUUGUUGAUGUACAACUGUGUAUGCACUGUGUACAAGUUUGUGAGACGUUCGGGCCGGCUAUUCAACCAGGCACGCACGCGUGAUUUCGAUUCGAACAACAAGCCAAUCAUGUCUCUUGUAUCCAGUGUAAGAUCGUCGCUUAAUCCGAACGCUCCUCUGUUCAUUCCUGCUGCCAUGAGACAAGUCGAGGAUUUCUCGCCCGAGUGGUGGGACCUCGUGACCACGUCCACUUGGUUCCGGGACUAUUGGGUCAGUCAGCACCAAGGAGAAGAUAUUUUUGGUGAGAUUGAGGUUGAUGUUGAUGGUAACAACGUUGUCGGUUUGUUGCCUGAUAACAUUGAUCUCGAUGUUGAUGAGGAUAUUCUUAAUAUGGAAGCUCAGUUUGAGGAGUUCCUUCAGUCGAACGAGGCUGGAUAUGGUGGGAAGGCGUUUGGAGGAGCUGCGGGAUUUGGUUUUGGGAAGAACCCUGAUGCAAUAAUCAAGAGUCUAAACAUGCAAAUGCAGAGAGGCCUCAAGUCUCCAAGGGAACCGAUUAGGCACUUUGAGAAACCGGCCAAGCAUUUUGUCUCAGCUGGAGCUCAGUGUCAUUUUUAUGUUACUUGCAACUUUCUGUAUAGAGCAAGGUAG